AAGCCUCAUUUUCCAUAACACCUCCCCUCCUACCCCUCUUUAUCUGUGUUGCUGUCUCCCUCUCCCUAUCUUUCGUGCAGUCAACCGAAAUUUCCGUGCUUAUUAACAAGCUUGGAGAAUGUAAUAACAUACUGACUACAGAAUCGGUUAUAAUUAAACAUGCUAACUCAUUGAAAAAUAUGUAACGAAACACAUCAAAUCUUCAAAAUAUCAGUUUCGUCGCCACCCCAAUCAAAUACGGACUGUUUAAAUGCGCAACGCGCCGAGGGCGGGUCUGUGCUGGAUUGAAGCGAUGACACAGCCGGCCUUGUGCGCCAUGGAGUGUCGGGCUGUCCUGGCAAAAGCGGACGCGCAAUUCCAGCAGCAAAACUUCGGAACGGCAGAAGAAUGUUACACUGAAUUCAUUCACAUGUGUAUGGAAGGGCACCAGAAACACAACUGUGCUCAGGACUUGGCUAAAGCAUACAAUAACAGAGGCCAAAUCAAGUACUUGAGAGUAGACUUUUACGAAGCUGUGGAUGAUUACACAUUAGCAAUUGAAAACAAGGAAGAUUUUGAAGUUCCAUAUUAUAAUCGAGGACUAAUAAAAUAUAGAUUAGGAUUUUUUGACCAAGCAUUGGAAGAUUUCAAGAAAGCGUUGUCCUUGAAUCCAGAUUUUAAAGAUGCCAGACUGAGCCUUGAUCAGACACUAAUUGAUAAAAAAGUGAAAGAGAGCAGAGAAUAUUAGAGACAUGACACUUGGGGUACAAACAUUGGUUUUGUGUGUGUAUAAUUUGAAUGUACAUUUUUUACAUCGCUUAAUUAUUUUUAGUAUGAGUUAAUUGUUAAAGCUCAUAAUUCUAAACAGAUUGUGUAUCUUUUGUGAAAUAUGAUACAAAAAAAUGUGGUGUCUAAAUAAUCAUAUUUUUAUUCUUUGACUUGAAUCUUGUGAAUUGAGGCAAAACAGCAGGAGAUGCCAGAGAGUAGUAGUGGAUAAUUGUUUAUCGGGAUGGAGGCCGGUGACUAGCGGGGUGCCUCAGGGAUCUGUUUUGGGCCCAAUGUUGUUUGUAAUAUACAUAAAUGGUCUGGAUGAUGCGGUGGUAAAUUGGAUUAGUAAGUAUGCCGAUGAUACUAAGGUAGGAGGUGUUGUGGAUAAUGAGGUGGAUUUUCAAAGCUUGCAGGGAGAUUUAUGCCGGUUAGAAGAAUGGGCUGAACAUUGGCAGAUGGAGUUUAAUGCUGAGAAGUGUGAGGUUCUACAUUUUGGCAGGAAUAAUCCAAAUAGAACAUACAGAGUAAAUGGUAGGGCAUUGAGGAAUGCAGAGGAACAGAGAGAUCUAGGAAUAACUGUGCAUAGUUCCUUGAAAGUGGAGUCUCAUGUUGAUAGGGUGGUGAAGAGGGCUUUUGGAACGCUGGCCUUUAUAAAUCAAAGCAUUGAGUACAGAAGUUGGGAUGUAAUGCUAAAGUUGUACAAGGCAUUGGUAAGGCCAAAUUUGGAAUAUUGUGUGCAGUUCUGGUCACCGAAUUAUAGGAAAGAUAUCAAUAAAUUAGAGAGAGUGCAGAGACUAUUUACUAGGAUGUUACCUGGGUUUCAGCAAUUAAGUUACAGAGAAAGGUUGAACAAGUUAGGUCUCUAUUCAUUGGAGCGUAGAAGGUUGAGGGGGGAUUUGAUCGAGGUAUUUAAAAUUUUGAGAGGGAUAGAUAGAGUUGACGUGAACAGGCUGUUUCCAUUGAGAGUAGGGGAGAUUCAAACUAGAGGACAUGAUUUGAGAGUUAGGGGGCAGAAGUUUAAGGGAAACACAAGGGGGUAUUUCUUUACUCAAAGAGUGAUAGCUGUAUGGAAUGAGCUUCCUGUAGAAGUAGUAGAGGCCAGUUCAGUUGUGUCAUUUAAGGUAAAAUUGGAUAGGUAUAUGGACAGGAAAGGAGUGGAGGGUUAUGGGCUGAGUGUGGGUAGGUGGGACUAGGUGAGAUUAAGGGUUCGGCACGGACUAGGAGGGCCAAAAUGGCCUGUUUCCGUGCUGUGAUUGUUAUAUGGUUAUAUGAUUAAAAACAUCUUGUUAGUCAGCUUGCUGUCUUUCCAGCACCUGUAACAUUAACCAGUUGGAUUCCAUAAGACCAGAUACUUAUGCCUGGAAAUGACAUUGCUUGACAAAUGCACUCUAAUGCAUUUAACAAUGCCUUGUUAAAGGCCUUAUGAGAAUUCAAGUAAACAACAUCCACUAACUCUCCUCGCUGUUAAUCUUAUUACCAGUUUUAUUAUCAAUGGCAAACUCAUCAAUUUUGGAUCAUCAAGUCAAUAUUGCACAUACAUCACAAAAUGUAACAGACCCCACUGCAUAAAAUCUUGGCAAAACCUCUAUACUGUAUAUGACACUAAUUGUACUACUUUGACUCAAACUUCAUUAAAAAAAAGGUCAAAUUUA